CAGCGCCCCGGUUACUGGUGCAAACAAACCCGACACAAACAGAGCGGAUUAAAGCCGUUAUUCCUGCUAAAACCUCCUAAUGAGGCUUAAAUUCUGCACUUAAUAAUAACUUAUAACCGCCAUCGAUGUGAUUUAGUGAGUUCAUCAGCGCGCUGUUCGUGUUUUCGGUGUGAUUUCAGCUCUGCGCCGAGCUAACCCGUUAGCAUUAGCAGUAACAAUGAUGGCGUCCAGUUACAGCGCUAAUAAAGAGGAGGACGGUCACCAGUCCGGAGCCGCGGGACCCGCAGCCAACUCCGUCCGCAGCAAGAAGCCCGACAACACCGCCUUCAAACAGCAGCGACUCCCGGCCUGGCAGCCCAUCCUGACCGCCGGGACGGUACUACCAGCCUUCUUCGUGAUCGGACUCAUUUUCAUCCCCAUCGGUAUCGGACUGUACGUCACAUCCAACAACAUCAGAGAGUUCGAGAUCGAUUACACGGGGACGGACUCCUCCAGCCCGUGUUUCGACUGCUCACAGAGUUACAGCUGGAACAGCACGACGCCGUGUAAAUGCUCAGUGCCCUUCAGUCUCGACCAGCCGUUCGAGAGCAACGUGUUCAUGUACUACGGCCUGUCCAACUUCUACCAAAACCAUCGGCGCUACGUGAAGUCCAGAGACGACAGCCAGCUGAACGGCGACGCCGGGUCUCUGAUGGAGCCGAGUAAAGAAUGCGAGCCGUACCGCUUCAGCGAGAGCAAGCCCAUCGCGCCGUGCGGAGCCAUCGCUAACAGCAUGUUUAACGACUCGCUGGAGCUGUUUUACAUCGACCCCAAUGGGACCAAGACCCAGAUUCCUCUGGUCAAGAAGGGAAUCGCCUGGUGGACCGACAAGCACGUCAAAUUCAGGAACCCUGGAGGCAGCAACUCCAACCUCACUGCUGUUUUCCAAGGCACCUCGAAACCAGUGAACUGGCGCACGCCGGUGUACGAACUGGACAUGGACCCGGAGAACAACGGCUUCAUCAACGAAGACUUCAUCGUGUGGAUGCGGACGGCGGCCCUGCCCACGUUCAGGAAGCUCUACCGGACCAUUCAGAAGAAGGACGCCAUGGCGCCGGCGCUGCCCCGGGGCAACUACACCCUGGACGUGAUUUACAAUUAUCCGGUGCGCAGCUUCGACGGGAGGAAGCGCAUGAUCCUGAGCACCAUCUCCUGGAUGGGAGGGAAGAACCCCUUCCUGGGCAUCGCCUACAUCACCGUGGGCUCCGUCUGCUUCUUCCUGGGCGUGGUCCUGCUCUUCAUUCACCACAAAUACGGAAACCGCAACAACAGCUCCGACAUUCCCAACUGAGCGCGCCCGUGCUGCUGCUGCUGCAUGUUCUCUGCUCGCGUGCAUGAUGAUGAUGAUGAUGAUGAUGAUGAUGAUGAUGAUGGAGACCAAGCGCUUCUCGUUCCAGCUCGUCCCCGGUGUGCUCGUAGUGCUGCACUUAACAGAAACGUGUUCCGUACAGUACAUAUGUGUAUAUUUAUUGUGCCAGAGUAUACAGAUGUUCAGAAUUAAGUUAAAGAUGUUCUUUUUAGUCUUAUCUAGAGUGUGUGUGUGUGUGUGUGUGUGUGUGUGUAUGUAUAUUUGAACAUGAGCAGAGCGUUUAGAUUUACCAAAUUUUACUUGACAGACGCAUUUUAACUGGAUGAAUGUAAACAAGCCAUAUAUAAGAUAACUUUGUUCACAUCACAGCACCUUAUAAUCACCGGCUCUGGUAUACUGGUUACUCGUGGGCAUUCCUGACUCGAAUUUAUACCCCGUAAUCUGUGUGUGUUUUUUUUUGUUGUUUUUUUUUAAAUAUGUUCAUAGAUGUUUGUUCAUUCACCCUUAAUAAACCAGUUUUCAAUCCCAGUACGCAGAUAUUUCGUAAUGAAAACAUGCUGACGUUCACUUAGACUGUGUUUCAAACCACAUACUAUUGAGCUACAUGGAUUACUGAUCAGAAGGUUGCUGAUUCAAGUCCCACCCUGCUAAGACCAUCAAUUUCUUGCAUUGUAUCAGUCAUUUAGGAUAAAUGCUAUAUAUACAAGUGCUUUAUGUUUUAUUUUAAACUGAUAUGUUGCUACUGUUGGGCCUUUAACCCUCAAACGUUCGCUACGUAUUCGGUCACAAUGGUCCGCAAAUCUAAAAUCUGACUACAUACGUGUGUGUAAGUGCCAGCUCAAUAAUCAGAACGUCGCUGGUUAAAACCCCCACCACUGCCAUAUCGGCCAUGCUGUUACCCCUCAAUCAAUUUCUUGGAUUAUAUUCAGUCACGCGUCUAAGUCGCUUCAGCUAAAUGUCCCGAAUAUGGUAUAAAUGUGGUUUGAGACGUAGGUUUGCUAAGGAUGUUGGGUCAAACAACUGUACCUCGUACCUCGGAGUGGACGAGUCCACUUUAUUUAUCAUUAUUUGUAUUAAGCGUCCUGAUAUGAGUGCAUUCUCGAUACUCCACAAAUAAAAUCUAAUGGAGGAGAACCGAAGAGAGUGGAAAUAUACAAGCCAAAGGAAAUCGUUCCACGAUUCCUGGUUCGAGUCGCUCGUUAUUGUGAGGAUUUCGAUAUUCGGUCAGAUCUGAAGUGAGAAAUGAGAUCCAGACAUCCAUGUGUGUGUGUUUUCUUCUUAUUUUAAUGUUUUGGUUUUUUUUUUUACUACUGUUACUGUGUCCAGCUGUGGUUUGUUGUUCCUGCUUAGUGAAGCUUUGCCAUUAUUCAUCUUGGUCCCGUGUACAGAUGUGCGUCUGUCUUAAUGUCCAGAGAAAUAAAAUCAGAUGUGAACAAA